UUUUUCGAUCAUGUAUUCGUAGGCUAAGUAAAUGCAGUGAGUAUACACUUUUGUCUCAGGCGAUGCCGGUUGGCACAAUUGUUUCUAAGAUCAAUCAAAGCUGAUUUGGCCCGGUGGCCACAAGAUCGUAUUCGUACCGCCCCCCAAACAUCAUAAACAAGUCUGCAAAAAAUCAGAACUACCGGAUUUGACGCAAAAGAGCCAGGUUACAAAAUUCGACAAAGUUACUGGAUUAAUACUGGACAUAGCAGAGGAGAAAGAGAAAUAAACAGCUGAGCAACUGAAUAAAACAUAUCCUGGCAAAGUGACGUUUAUCAAGUACAACGUCAGCGAUGCGGACAGCAUCUCUAAAAGUUUCAACCAAGUUGUAGACACUGUGAAACAGCUGAACGUGGUCAUCAACAACGCUGGGAUUAUGAACGAUUCGCCCGCUACCUGGAGAAAAUCCUGUGAUGUUAACUGCAUGGCCAUGGUAUUGUACUUAAUCAAUACAAAUUUCUCAGCCUUUUUGCAACCAAGUACCUUGAAGUUUGUCGAAUUGGUUUCAGAAUGACUUUCAUUUGGAUAACCGAUCGAGUCAGUCGAUAUGUUGCAAGGUAUUUCCACGUCUUUAAUGUUUUCUGGUUUCUGAACAACAUUUUUUUUGUCCCAUCCAAAUAUAAGAUAACUCCAUUCCUUUUUUUUUGGUGCUUCGGGUCAAAUUGAUUCAAAUAGUAAGUCGUAAACUAUACCAAAUAAGGUUGACGCUAUAGUGCUAUACCUUAAAAACAAAUACUGAGGUGACAAUAAUGAAAAUUACCAUGUAAUGUCAGCACUAUUACUUUUUGUUGAUCUGUUUCGUAAUAGUGAUAACCUUCCUGAUAAGAUUAAAACAAAACGAUGCAUAAAAGUUACACCUAAAGCGAGAAUAGAGGCAUUGGACGGUGCACCACACGAAUCAAAAUAUGGCAGGACUAGGGGACAUUACGGGAAAGACUUGUCUGAUCACAGGAGGCGCCUCUGGUUUGGGAGCGUUAUACGCUGAAGCUUUCCUGCGGGAAGGAGCUAAGCAUGUAGCUAUACUGGAUAUAGUAGAGGAGAAAGGGAAAGAAACAGCCGAGCAACUGAAUAAAACAUAUCCUGGCAAAGUGACGUUUAUCAAGUGUGACGUCGGCGAUGAGUACAGCAUCUCAAAAAGCUUCAACCAAGUUGUAGACACUGUGAAACAGUUAGACGUGGUGAUCAACAACGCUGGUAUUUUUAACGACUCUCCUACUAUCUGGAGAAAAUCCUGUGAUGUCAACUGGCAAGGUUUGGUGUCAUUUUCGAUGAGAGCAGUAAAGCACAUGCGAAAAGAUGAAGGCGGGGCAGGCGGGACCAUCGUAAACAUCGCGUCCGUAGCAGCUCUCCGCCCAACAGGAUGCUUUCCUAUUUACUGCGGAUCUAAAGCUGCUGUGCUACAUUUCAGUCAAAGUCUUUCGCAAGCUCCAUUUGAAGAAGAAACCGGUAUACGAGUGUUAACAAUAUGCUUAGGACCAACGGACACGGCUAUCAUGAAAAACCUGGCUGAAAAGAGGUACGACAAAAAAUUUGGCGAUCUCCUUUUGAACCGCAUAACCGAGGAUUCGCUACAAAAAACUGAACCAGCUGUAGCGGCCUUUAACACCAUGUUCAAACACGCGUCCAACGGCUCGGUGUGGCUGUCGGAGGACAAUCAACCAGUCGAAGACAUCACGCCGAAGAUACAAACCUUUUAUAAAUCAUUUGCUAAAUAAAUGUUAUCUUUAAAAUGAAUCGGUGUAAACAA